AUGCCUCUCCCCACAUCAUCCAUCCACGAGCCGGCGACGGCUGGCUUCACUGGCUAUCCUUCACGGAGGAGCGUCGUUCACAGCACACAAGGCAUUGUAGCAGCGCCUCAGCCGCUGGCAGCCAACUGUGGUCUUGAGAUUCUGCGAGCUGGAGGAAAUGCCGCUGAUGCCGCUGUAGCAGUCGCCGCGGGUCUCAAUGUCACCGAACCCGUUUCCACUGGCAUCGGUGGUGACAUGUUCCUCCUCUACUACGAUGCCGCCACAAAGCAGGUCAAGGCACUGAACGGUUCCGGCCGAUCAGGAGCCAAAUACACGCUCGAGACCAUCCGAAAGGACCUCAAGAUUGCCGACGGCACCAUCGGCCAAAUCCCUCUUCAUGAUGUGCUUGCCGCGACUGUUCCUGGCGCUGCGGCUGGAUGGUACGACACGGUAGAGAGAUUCGGAAGUGGAAAGCUCAACUUGAGCCAGAUCCUUGAUCCUGCGAUUAGACUGGCAGAAAACGGAUUUCCUGUGUCUGAAAUCGCUUCGCAUUCGUGGCGAUCCCAAGAGCAGCUAUUGCGAGAUUCCUCGCCCAACUAUGCCGAAAUGCUCAAGAAGGACCCCAAGGCUGAGAAUGGCGUUAGAGCACCUGGGCCCGGUGAAGUCUUCAAGAACCCACCCCUUGCAAAGACAUUCAGAACUUUAGCCACAGAGGGCAAGGAAGGCUUCUAUACCGGUCGCAUCGCUGAGGAAAUUGUCAAGGUUGUCCAAGAUCUGGGUGGCCGCCUGGAACUCGACGACCUGAAGCACCACCUCGAAACAGGCACCCAAAACACAGAGCCCAUCUCAGUCAAGUUCCGUGGCCAAGGCCUCACAAGCAAAGAUCCCAACGGAGGUGUCGAGCUCUGGGAGCAUCCGCCAAACGGCCAGGGCAUCGUCGCUCUCAUGGCUCUGGGAAUAAUUGAGCAGCUGGAGAAGCAGGGCAAAAUUCCCGUCUUUAAGCCCGAGGACUUUAAUACGACGCCGUAUCUCCAUGCCAUCAUUGAGGCCCUUCGGCUUGGCUUCACGGAUGCAAGCUGGUAUGUCACAGAUCCCGACGUGACAAAGGUGCCGACAGAGGGCUUGAUCUCUCCCGAGUACCUCGCCGAACGCGCCAAGAUCUUUGAUCCUUCAAAGGCCCACGACGGAGUCCAGCCCGGAAACCCGUCAUUCAUCUCCCCCGCCCUGCAGAGUUGCGAUACCGUCUACUUUACAGUCACCGACUCUGCCGGCAACGCCGCCUCCUUCAUCAACUCCAACUACGCCGGCUUCGGCACUGCCAUCAUCCCCAAGGGAUGUGGAUUCACCCUGCAGAACCGCGGAGCCAACUUCUCUCUUGACCCCAAGCAUCCUAACAAGCUCGAGCCUCGCAAGCGACCCUAUCACACCAUCAUCCCCGGCAUGGCCACCAACCUUAGCGACGGCUCUCUUCACUCUGCCUUCGGAGUUAUGGGUGGAUUUAAUCAGCCUCAAGGGCAGUUGCAAGUGCUUCUGGGACAAACAGUCGCUCAGUUGAACCCUCAACAAGCCCUGGACGCUCCACGAAUCUGCAUCGGAGCUGGUAUGCCAGAUGAGGGUAACGUGCUGGACUGGACUGUCCAUGUUGAGGAGGGUAUACCCGAGGAGACUAUUGAGGGGUUGAAGAAGCUGGGUCAUAACGUGGUUGUUCUCAAGAAUUGGAAGAGAGCCAUGUUUGGCCGUGGGCAGAUCAUCCGGUAUACCGUGGAUCCUGACGGAACACCAGUGUGGUCUGCUGGCAGUGACCCAAGAGCCGACGGAGGAGCAUAUCCCCAGUAG